UAUUAGUUAACCCUAGUAGUAGUAGUAGGUAAUCGGUCCUAUAACGUGCAAACAACUAUUAAUAUUUUGUUAAUCUUUGACAGCUCGCCAUGAUAUUCACUUUCAGCAAUUUGUCACCACGAUAGCUCAAAAACUAAAAAGUUACAGGGAGGUAUUGAAUUUGAAAAAAAAAGAAGAAAAAAGAAAAUAUUAAUCCUAAUAGUAAUACUUAUGCAGUAUAGUAACGGGUGAAGAAAACCCAUCGUGCAUGUUCACGUAAAUGCAAAUAAUUAAAUUAAAAAUCAAGUGUAUUUUGUUGGUAUCAAGUAUGUAGAAAUGUCAGUAAUUCAACUUCUGAAUGGUUCAAAAAAUAUAAAGGUGAAGCUUCUAGGUAAUCAUGGAAGUAUUAAAGAUGAAGGUUGAACCCUUUCCUGAUGAGAAGCAGGAUGAUUUGUUGGAUAUCAAAUUGAAAAAGGAAGAUGAAACUUUCACAAUAACUAGUACUCCAGGAAAAGUUGAUUCCUUGGAAGAAAGUUCUCUACAUACAAUUUUGAAGUUUGAUGUAACAAAAGAGGAACAAGAAAAGUGUGAUGGAGAAUCAGAGAAAAAUGAGAAAAAAUCUGUUGGAGUGAAAAUGGAGCAUUCUGGUGAUCUGCUACAAGAUGAUGUUAUUUCAAGGUUCAGUUACAGUGAAGAUAAGGAUCGGGAUGGUUCACACUAUAAUGUUAUGAUUGUGAAAACAGAAACUGAAUUUCAAAAAGAUAUUGUUCCUGAGUUAGAAAGUACAUCUGAUACAAAGACCAGUGUGAACAUCUGUUGUGGAAGUCAGUUUACUGGUUAUGUUAUAAAACAAGAAGAUCACUUUACAGAAGAUGUAAAAUCCCCAAACAACAAUAUUAUUGGAGAAACAAAGUUAAGUAGAAAUAACCUAACAACAUUUAAUAUACAUCAGUGUGAUGAUACAUUAUACAGUUGUGGAAAACCAUUUGAUAACCUAAAACAACAAAAGAGGAUACACUCUGGAGAGAAACCAUAUCAUUGUACAGUUUGUGGAAAACAGUUUGAUAGAAAUAGUCCCUUAAAAAUACAUCAAAGAAUACACACUGGGGAGAAGCCUUACAUUUGUACAGACUGUGGAAAACACUUUGGAAGAAAUGGUGAAUUACAAAUACAUCAAAGAAUACACACUGGGGAAAAACCUUAUAUUUGUACAGUGUGUGGAAAACAGUUUGGAACAAACAGUGUAUUAAAAACUCAUGAAAGAAAACACGUGGGUGAAACUAUCUAGUUUUACGGAUUGUGGAAAUCAGUUUUUAACAAAUGGUGAAUUAAGAAUACAUUAAUUAACACACACUGGUGAGAAAUCUUACAGUUGUACAGUGUGUGGAAAACUUUUUGGAAGAAAUACUCAUUUAAAAACAGAUGAAAGAAGAUAUACCAGGGCGAAACCUUACAUUUGUAUGGUGUGUGGAAAACAGUUUGGAACAAAGGGUGAAUCAAAAACACAUCGGGGAGAAACUUUACAGUUGUACAAUGUGUGUGGAAAAACUUUCAUGCAGAUAGUACCUUAAAAACACGUUGAAGAAUACACACUGAGGAGAAAAGUUAUGUUUGUGUAAGCUUCCCUCAAUUCCUCAUCAGUAAGUCUGGGAGCUUAUAAUACUAAUUGGGUGCUGAUCCCAGUUGUUUCCACAGCACAGAUAGCCUAAUGUGUAGCUUUGUAACAUACCAUGUAACGUUAAUGACAACAAGGGAUCAUUUGGUCCAUGUGUAUUCGCUAAAUUAAACUAAACCUUUAAAAAUUGAAAAAAAUCUCACACAUUCAUUAAGAUUUAUCCCUUUAACUCCCUUAAAAUAACAAAAUGCAUCACAUCUGAAGGAAACCUUUUCCAAAAUCCAACCACCAUUUUAAAAAUAUAAAGAUGUUUCAGCUGAAAAUGUCUCUGCUGAAAUGUAUAUUUCUGUCUUAAAGUAUGUAAAAAGGUGAUGCAUCAUUCCUGUCAAUUCCUUUAAAAAUACAAGUAAAACAUUAUAUUCUGAAGUUGAUGUGAUGAAGAAAAACAUCAGAAACCAGAGAGUAUUUGGGAUGGGAGGAAAGUCUGCAUUACACAUUCCUACAUUCCAUCACUCAUACAGUGAACUCUUGGGGAGGAUGCAUAUAUACGUUAGGUGGUGGAAUGUAGGAAUGGGUAAUACAUCCGAUCUUAGGUGCUAUCAAGUUUCUUAUCUCUUUUCAUCCCUCCAUCCCAUCAAUUUUAGAAUAACAUUUUUAAUUACAAGUUUCUGCACUUUUUGUGAGUCAAAGUCUUGGCUUCCAGGAGGGCUGUAUCUUCUAAAUGAAAGGCACCAUUUCAUCAAUUCAUUCAGUUCAUAAUAUAAUCUGUAGACAUUACUCUUGAAACAAGAUAAGUCAUGACCGUAAUACUGCACUGUGCAGUAAGGAGUAUACAGUGUAUUAUCUACUUUCAUAUAAAGGACAUAACUGUUCACUGAUCAGAGAUCAUGAUUAGUACUUUGGGCAAUCCCUACAUAUGGAUCCCUACCAUAUUCCCUGAUUAAUGUUUAAUUAUAUUAAAUAUCACACAUUUACUACAGUCUUUCUUAAUAGCAAUGACACUGGGGUUUAAUAUCAUGAGAUUAUAAUCAGUUUUUAUGAAAUUAAAAUUUUUUUAUUUUAAUAACUCUUUCAAUAUUUCCCAGUACCCCCACUCCCUCACAUUGGUAAACUGGGACAAAUGUUUACCAUGGUCAUCCAUAAUUGAUGUUCGUGAUGUACGGCAGUAAAAUAAGUUGUAAAGUAUUUAUUGUCAUCCCACCUAAUACUGAUAUAUGAUUUACCUCAAUGUUUUCCACUCAGUCCUUCAGUAACCAAUUGGAUGCAUAAGUGAGAUGUACGACAACAGCAUGCUGACCAUGCCUGCAUCACUACAGCAGCUAGUAGUAACCCUAAUUACUGUGUAAGUAUGCAUGAUGUGCUUGACUCGGAUAGUUUAGAAGAUAGUGAAAGUGAGUCAAGUUGUGUUCAAAUGUGUGAUGAUGAAGAGGCAAUGAGACAAGAGGAUGCUAGCUUUCCAUCUAAUGAUGAUAGUCAAGAUGAUUAACCGGGACCCACCAGAGGAAGACGUAAACAGUGGAAACAUAUGUCCCAGUCACAAUGUGAGGGGUGGGAGCACUGGAAAAUAUGCCCCAGAUGCAGUGAAUGGGUUAAUUCCUUUCAAGUUUUCUUGUUUACCUUACAGCAUUUGGUCUUUUCUACAAAGUUCUUGCUUUUUUUGUGUUUAUUUUCUGUUUAACUAUAAUAUUUCUGUCUUAUCAUCAAAAAUUGUUUCAUCUCUGUCUGUACUUGGAUUAUAAGCAAUAUACCUCGAAACUCAAGGAUUUUAGUAGACCCAGUAUGAUAAGACACUAAACAAAUAACAUAUCUUUGUAGAUGUAGGUCAACGUAAAAUUAUAAGUGAUUCAUGUUUAUUCUUCUAACAUGUUGAGGUCAACAUCAUAUUUUAAGUAAUUAUCAUUUGUUCUUCUAACGGAUGAUGGUGUACAUUACAUCUUAAUUGAUGGGUGUUUGUAAAAAUGCAAACAGCAAAGUGAAAUCUAUAAUGUAAUUUUUAUUCAGACACAAACAGAAAUGUGUAUUUACAGAUUAAACAAAACUACCUUCUCAUGCUUGUUAUUCGUAGUUUUUAAAA